CGGUGGAGUCGAGGAGGAAAGGAUGCACUGGGAGAUGUUCUUUUCAGCUAUGAAAUUCCACAAAAACCGACGUGUGUGAUCAAUAUUCUGGUAACCCCAGAGAAAGGUGGGAGGAAAAAUAGGGAGGAAAAUCAAAUACGAAACAAAUACACGAGCACUACAUGCAUGUGCAAGGAAGGGAGAGUGGAAGACGGAAACGAGCGAGGGAGAGCGAGAGGGAGCGAGCGAGCGAGCGAGCGAGCGAGAGAGAGAGAAACAGCAGUGAUGAUCGAUGCCAGUCUGCCACCACUCUGUAGCAGUGAGAGGCUGCAACAAAAGCGUGGAAUAAAGGCUCUGCUGCUCUCGUCUCCAGUCACCCCGCAUCUCUCCGUCUCUCCGAACGCAACGCAGACCAGACGCAAGCUGCUGCCUCUGCCUGCCAUCAACAAGUUACGACGAAAGGACCCUCGGCACUAAAAAAAAAGAGGAUUUGCUCUUCAAUUAGGCAACUGAGCUGACGACAUUGCGGUGGAAAGGGAACGGGGAGGAAGAAGAAAAAAAAAAAGAGGAGAGAGAGGGGGGGGGGGUGACAUGCUGUUCGCGAGGGUCGCUUUGGAUACAAAUCAAUUUGAAAAAGAUUAAGGAUUCCUGGAAGCAACAAGAAUGCCGGAUGUUUCUUAAUUUGGGAACUGGAUAAGCAAAAAAACAAAACAAAAAAAAAAAAAAAACAAGAGGAAUUAAGACCAAAUAUAUAUAUAUAUAAAUGAAUGAACAAAAUCCUGCAACAUGGAUCUUGUGAAUUUGUUUCAGAUGCUUGGCAUCGCUUUAGUUGAGAAGACCUUCAUUCGUUUCGUGUUUACUCAAAAGGCUUUUUUCCCUUUGGAUUUCCCAUCCAUCUGGCUGUUCCAGGGAUCUACGGAGAAAGACAGUUGAAUGCCACCGUCGAUGUUCGCAAAAGAAUGGGUUUCCAUUCAAGGUGGCCAUUGGUGGGACAAGCACCAGCGGCACUUUGUGUGAUCAGCAUGCUACUGUGCCUGCCGCUCACAUCGUGCACAGCCUGCCCUCAGAAAUGCCGCUGCGAGGACCUGCAGUUUUACUGCGACACGCAGGGAUUCCUGGCGCCCCCAGACGGCGUGGACAGAGGAGCCAUGGGACUCUCGCUCCGGCACAACAGCAUCAACGAGCUAAACCCAGAUCAGUUCUUCGGCUUCACGCAGCUAACCUGGCUCCACCUGGACCACAACCAAAUACUUAACGUGCAUGAGGACGCCUUCCAGGGGCUCUACAAGCUCAAGGACCUCAACUUGAGCUCCAACCGCAUCACAAAGCUACCCAACACAACCUUCAUCCACCUCAUCAACCUCCAAAUCCUGGAUCUAUCCUUCAACCAGAUGACCGCGCUGGAGCCCGAGCUCUUUCAUGGGCUUCGGAAGCUCCAGAUCCUCCACCUGAGGUCCAACUUCCUGCGGACCACACCCGUCAGGGCCUUCUGGGACUGCCGAAGCCUGGAGUACCUCGGUUUAAGCAACAACCGGCUUCGGAGCCUGGCUCGGAACGGAUUCGCCGGGCUAAUAAAGCUACGGGAGCUCCAUUUGGAACACAACCACUUGACCAAGAUCAAUCUGGCCCACUUCCCACGUCUUGUCGCCCUCCAGUUCCUCUAUCUGCAGUGGAACAAGAUCAACAAUUUAACGUGUACCAUGGAGUGGGAGUGGACCACCUUGGAAAAACUGGAUCUAACAGGGAACGAGAUACGAACUCUAACCCCUGAAGUGUUUGAAACUUUACCGAACCUUAAGUUUCUACUGCUAGAUAACAACAAGCUGAGCAGCCUCGAUUCCCAAACCACAAGCAUGUGGAAGUCCCUGAACACCAUCGGGUUGUCCAACAACCUUUGGGAAUGUACAAAAAAGAUUUGCAACUUGGCCAGUUGGCUAAGUAGGUUUAAGGGUCGAUGGGAACAUUCCAUCCUGUGCCAGAGCCCUGAGUACACACAGGGCGAGGAAAUACUAGAUGCUGUUCAUGGAUUCCAACUCUGCCAAAACAUCUCGGCACCCGUCGUCUUGACCAGCACCACGAUGGAGGCCACGUUACCCCAACAGUUCACUAGCUCCUUUUUUGGGAAUAUGCAGACGCCGACGCAGGACUUCUACCCUGAGGAUUUUGGGAGCUUUACCAUCGUCACCACCACAACCACCACCACUCAGACCCCACAAACUACCAUGGCUACAGUCACCGUGGACGGGGAAGAUGUUACUGAGGACUACGGCAUGAUGGACAACACCCUUUUGACCCAGAGAGUCAUCAUAGGUACCAUGGCCCUUUUGUUUUCCUUCUUUCUCAUCGUUUUUGUAGUGUACAUCUCACGGAGGUGCUGCCCUCCCACCCUACGGCGGAUCCGCCACUGCUCGGCCAUUCAAAACCGGAGACAGAUGAGGACCCAGCAGAGGCAGCCAAUGGGAGACCUGGCCUCGCAGGUGCCCUAUAACGAGUACGAGCCGGCACAUGACGAAGGUGCAUUAGUGAUCAUUAAUGGCUAUGGGCAGUGCAAGUGUCAGCAACUGCCUUACAAAGAGUGUGAAGUAUAAACACUAUUUAUUCCUGCAGUUUAUGGGUUUUGCCAUUUCAACCAUUUCGAAAGAUACAGGGUUUGUUUUUCGGAACUUUCUCAGCUUGUAAAACAAAAAGGAUAUAAUGAGCAUUAAUUCUUUAUACCGGGUUUUGGAAACCGAUGGAAGCCCGGGGAGGAACGGAAACGAAUCAAGCUGUAUAAAGAAGCUCGAGUUUAUUUUUAUAGUACGAAAGCAAGGUUCAUAUCGAGCUGGGGGCAAUCAAUCUCAGAUGGUCGUGUGUGAGAUUUUGUCAUUGCGUUACUAGUCACUAAUCCAGCAGCACAGAAAAGACAAGAGAGAACCAUAAAGCCAAAACCAUCUGGAACUUUCAGGUCCAGAAAAAACAAAAAAACAACAACAAACAAACAAACAAAAAAGAAAAACUAUGUAUGAAACUGCAUUCUUAUUCUGAUCAAUGUUUGGAUUUUAUAAUCUGGUAAGAAAUGCUGUGGGUGGCAUAUGAUGCAGAGAAACCCAAAUCUGAACAGAAAUAUAGACAGAGAUUAAUGAGAGAGAGAUUUUUAUGGUGCACGAUAGAUUACACUAUAGAUCUCACUUAACACUUUAAAAAAGAAAAAAAAAAAAAAAAAAAAAAAAAAAAAGUGACUGAUUUACGGUUUGGGUUCAACAUUUUUACUCGUGUUUAUUUUAUUUUCCUUUUUUAAAUUAUGGAGGAAGAGCACUGUAAAAUUGUACCACGUCGCAUUUAGCUCACGAGGGAAGUCGACGCUUCAGAACUGUCAUGUUUAUUUGUUUGAUCCAGCCAAGAUUUUCAUUUCAUCUAACGAAAAUGCUUCUUUUUGGUCUAUAUUCCCCUCAACAGGUUACUUCCUGUCUCAGAAAUGUGAAAAAGCUUAGCACUGUGUGUGAAAAGGCUAAUGUCCAAUGCGUUUCCUUUUGCUAAACUGUCUGGCUCGCUCAGUCUACUGUGACGUCAGCAGGGAUCGAAUAAAUGUUACAGACGUUUGCUCACUUUA